CGGCAGUCAUUAACAAAUGCAGAUAAAAGGAUAAACGGUAAAUUUGCAUCAAUUACAUUUAAAUCUUGCACUUGCGAUGCACUUGCCAUUACUAAAAUAAUCCUAAGUACGAAGGCAAUGCUCUUAUCGCAACCAAUACGGAAGAUAUCUGCAGAAACUAAGCGGAAAUGGUAUGUCGUGAAAUUAUUUUCAAGGAGAAGACUAUAAUGAAUCAAGUUAUCUUUCCUAAGCUUCCUAGUCCAUUUUACAUUCACGCGCUCUUAGAAUCAUUUCAUCCUUGUUUAACAAAUGUUAAACAAGGAUAAAUAAUGAACGUUGUGAGCGUGAAUCGGAUCACAGCCCUAUAAAGAGGAGACUGAUGACAGACAGAGCAUCAGUCCAAGAGAAGCUAUAGCAGCUAUGUGGGUGACGAUUCUGCCAUUUUUCCUAGUUGCAAAUAUUACUGUCGACGAUGCUCAACAAAACUAUCAGCGGACCAAAUGGGCAACAUUCGGUCCGGAAUACACGUACGAUGUUCUCGUGAACAUGUCUCUGGCUAACAUUGUUCAGGAGAACGACAAUUUCUGUGCUAUGCUUGCCACCGAUCUCAAGUGUCGACCCAAGGGACCUGAAGGAGACGACAGUCUCCGCUGUCACUUUCAGAACUCCCGAAUCAAACGCCCCGAUCCGAAAGAUAAUAGAUGUUCGAACGCGAAGGAUUUUGUGCCAAGUUCGAGAUACAAGUUCGUGAAUGAUGAGCCUUUUGAGAUCAGAUUCAAUUCGAAGGGUAUCGAAAAUCUAGUGGUACAUAGGUCGAUUCCUAGAUGGAGGCUCGAUAUGAUAAAGACCAUAGUCAGCCAGUUAAACGUCGGUUUUGAGAUGCCGGAGCAUCGCGAUAAAUUCACAAUUAUGGAAAAUUCGACAAUGGGUCACUGCGAAGUCGACGUUAAGAUCAUCCGUAAUGGUCCGGAUUCUGAGAAAAAUGGCAAUGAUUCUAUCGAGGAAAGCGAAAAUUUUAAGAUCGAAUUCGUCGGAUCGAAUGUAGAACUUGCAUUUUUACCUAUGGAAAGACUCCAGGUAGAAAAAAUCCGACAGCCGAAAAGAUGCCCGCGAAGAAUGAUAUACUUUUUUGGAGAUCAUGAGGAUUAUAGUCACAGUGACAGAGAACUUCAUAUGGAUAUGACCACUUCCAAUAGUCAUAUUACGAUCUCAAAAGACAAAUUCAUAUCCUACACAAUAUCGGAGGGUGUAAUGAAAACAGCAAAUAAAUCACGGUCUAUGCGACCAUAUCAAAAGAUAAGCCUAAAAUUGAAACGAAUAGAUCUUGCCGAAACUUCUUAUGAAUCAAUACCAGAGAUAAAAAAUCCAGCCUCGACAAGUUUAUUUGCCUUUUCAAAUCUGCAAACUAUUCCGGAAGACGAAUAAUUUGAAAUAUUCGUAGUGUUGAAAAAAAUCAAAGAGACCGUUUCACAGAUAUAGGAUUAUUAGUUGCAAAUAUAAUAUUCUCUCUCUCUCUCUCUCUCUCUCUCUCUCUUUCUCUCUCUCUUUUUCUCUCCAUAAUCGAUUAUUAAUAAUCAAUCGUUUGUAAUGAUAACGUUUCUGCUUGUAAUUUAACUUCAUUUCAAUUGAGAAUAUAUUACUAAAAAUAUAAUCUAAAGUAAAAUUACAUAAGUUCAUUUUUCAUUUAUAAACGUCAUUAAAUAUAAUUAUAAUAAAGGGUUGUUUAAGAUGAAAAUAAU